AGUGGCGUGAAGAUGACCGCGACCGGUGAGCGCGAUUUGCCUCAGGAGUUGUUGUCGUUGAUCGCGAAGGAAAACCAUGUUUCAUCUCUGAUUGCCGCUGAGAAACUUGGAGUGGAUCAUCAACGUGUCGUGGGAGCCGUGAAGAGCCUGCAAUCUCUCGAUGGAUUCAUAGUGGCUGAACAGUCGUCGUCGAAGACCUGGAGUUUGACCUCAGAGGGCCAAAUGGUCAAGGAUGAAGGAAGCCAUGAAGCCCGUGUUUUCCGCGCUGUUCCUGAAGAAGGUAUUUCAAUGCCUGAACUGAUGAAGCUAGUUCCUGCUAAUAUUGGCAAGAUCGGUGUGAGCAAGGCGCUUUCAUCCGGAUGGAUUCUCAUGGAUAAGACUGGCGGAGGAGUCAUCAAGAGGAAGAUCCCCGAUGUAGAAGACACUGUUCAGCAUUUACUGGAAGACCUAUCCCAGGCGUCCGAAGCUCAGAAAGCAGACCUGAAGAAACGGAAGCUCGUGAUUGAGACAGUUUUGAAGUUCUACGAAAUUUCCCAAGGACCUAAUUUUUCCCUGAAUAUCACAAAACCGGAAACAGAAUUGACGGCAGAAAUGCUCUCAUCAGGCAGUUGGAUUGGCAAAUCUUUCAAGCCGCUGAAUUUUGAAGCGAAAGGUGCUCCUGUUACACCUGGUCACCUACACCCUCUUAUGAAAGUUCGUGCAGAUUUGAGGCAAAUCUUCUUGGAAAUGGGCUUCAUGGAAAUGCCCACAAACAAUUACGUGGAGAGCAGUUUCUGGAAUUUCGAUGCUGUUUUCCAGCCACAGCAACAUCCAGCUCGCGAUGCUCAGGACACGUUUUUCCUAUCCGAUCCUGAGUUUGCCCGGGAUCCUCCAUUAAAAUACAUGGAAGAAGUGAAGAAGGUUCAUAGCAUUGGUGGAUAUGGUUCCCAAGGUUAUGGCUAUGAGUGGUCCGAAGCGGAAUCGCGCAAAAACGUUCUUCGCACCCACACAACUGCAGUUAGCGCCAGGAUGUUGUAUCGUCUGGCUCAGGAUGGUUUCCGGCCAGCAAGGUAUUUCAGCGUGGAUAAAGUUUUCCGAAAUGAAACCCUGGAUCCGACGCACUUGGCGGAAUUUUGUCAAAUCGAAGGAGUCGUGGCCGAGAAAGGAGCAUCUCUCGCCAUGCUAAUGGGAAUCAUCAGCAAGUUCUUUGGCAAAUUGGGAAUGAAGGAGAUCCGUUUCAAGCCCACUUCGAAUCCGUACACAGAGCCAAGCAUGGAGGUGUACUCGUACCACGCAGGACUCGGGAAAUGGGUGGAGAUUGGCAAUUCCGGUGUUUUCCGUCCCGAAAUGUUGCGUCCAAUGGGUUUAGAUCCUGAGGUUCGUGUCCUCGGAUGGGGUCUGAGCCUGGAACGACCCACGAUGAUCCUCUAUAAUAUUGACAACAUUAGAGAUUUGGUUGGACCCAAAGUUGAUCUACAGAUGGUGUGCGAUAGUCCCCUGUGUCGUCUUGGACGAGUUGAAAAUUGAAGCUAAUAAACAUUCUUCUUCUCCUUACGCUGGCAGAAAUAUUUCUGCAGUGUGUGUCUUGAGAAUUAAUUACGAUUUGUCAUUGUGGUGAGGUGAAAAAUGUUUUGUCCGCUUUCAUCGACUCUCGUUCCUGCGAAUUACAUUUCCAUCGCAGAAACGUCCGCAAAAAAUCGAGGUAAAAUUUUCUGAAAUUCAACGUCUUGAAUCCGACUGCGGAAGUAAUUGGGAGAUAAAUAUCACUUUAAUGAUAAUAUAUAAUAAUUCGAUACUCCAACUUUAUGUCUUAAUGGUGCAUUAUACUUAUGUAUGUAAAAAAAAAAAAGGUAAAAAUUAACGAAACUGGUUUCA